UUUUUUACUUCUUUACGCACAGAUGGAACUCAUUUUUCUCUCUUAAACAUAAAAAAAUCAAUUCUCGUAAUCACUAUCAAACAGGUCAUAAAUAUUUAUAACCCCUCUCUAUAAUGACAUCACCUCUGCUGACAUUUCUUUAUCCACCAUAUUUAGCCCCUUCCUUGAUAGAGAUUUUUUGUUAAUAGCCUUUCGGAAAAAGUUUUCGAUUUAUGUGUAAAUUAUUUUAUUGAGAGAAUAUGUGAUUAAAAAAUGAGUUAAAAAAGGCCUGGUUUGAACUUUCAAAGAUGAGUCGUGAGGAUUUUAAGGGAAUAUAGGAAACAGAAAAAUGGUUUUUUAAGUUGAAAAUCUGUUCUUGAAACGUGGAAUACAAGAAGGAAUCUGGUGGGGGUAUCCAUUGAACUGCAGCAAUAUAUGGUCAACGUCUUCCAGUACAGCAUUCCAUCAAGAAAUCAGGGUCUGCAAAUACUUUUUUUUCCCUGGUUUUCCGCACACUAAAACCAAAUUCUUGUUUCUGAUCUUUCUUAAUACAUCCCAAUUCUUGCAAUCCCAAUUGUUGUUUCUUGAUUUUCUUUCUCAAAGUCUAUUACUGAAUUGGAUCAUACCGACUUGUUCCUUUUGAAUGCAGGCAGAAACCAGUAUCAAGAUGACGGGGGGGAACUUCUUUAACAAGCUCUUUCAGUAUAUUUUCUACUUUCACGUUCUCCUCAUCACCAUCUUGGUCAUCGUUCUCACAAUCCGAGGUGCCCUAUCAGCUGUUCACACCCAAGAUUUCCAUUCAAAGGAGUGGUAUAUGCCAGUCCUUGCUUCAACGGCUUGUGCUGGAAUCAUAGGUUUCACAUGGCAAGCAUUCACAAGAACCAAUCCUUCAAGAACUAUUAGGGUUGCAUUUUGGCUUAGCCCUCUUCUUACCUGCGCAAUUGGGAUUUUACUAAUUUACAUAGGCACCCCAGUGAGUUCAGCAGCGUCUGCUAUUGCCUUCUUUUCAGCCCUUAUUCAAUCCUUAUAUGCAUGCUGGGUUAAUCCUCGUUUGGAGAAUGCCACCCGAAUAGUGACAGUUUCUAUUGUUCACCAUCCUCCAAAAGUCAUGGUUAUACUUCUAUCAAUCAUCAUAGGUACUCUUUGUUCAGCUUUCCUCGUAACCGGCAUUGGAGGAGCCACUGCGACCAGAACUAAGCUUGACUCUCUAUUCAUUUUCAUAAUCAUCGCAAGCUUAACAUGGACCAUGCAGAUCAUCAGGAAUGCAAUGCAAGUUUCUGUGUCACACGUCAAAUAUAUGCAAUUUGCUCACAAAAUAGACAUUGCAUUUAAAGCAGCAUUCAAAAGCACAAUUAAACAUUCAAUGGGGAGUAUUUGCAUUGGAUCUAUUCUUGUACCCAUUGUUGGUGUGAUCACAGGAAUAGCUCGAACUAUAAGUUUGAUAUCAGGCGAUGUAGAUGAGUUCAUGUUCUCAUGUGCAGAUUGCUGUUCAGGUAUUGCCUCAAGGCUUGUAGCAUACGGAAACAGAUGGGGUUUUGUGCAUACAGGGGUGUACCACAAAGGAAUUGUGCAGGCAUCAAUUGAGACAUGGGAAUUGUUUAAAACACGUGGAAUUGAAAAGACGAUAAAUUCUGAUCUCACUAGUUCAUUCUGCUUUCUAACCGGUGUAGCAACAGGAUCUGUAUGUGCACUAAUAGGAGGCAUAUGGGCAUUUGUGAUCCAUAGGAGCUAUGCAACUGGAGUGACAAUGUAUACGUUCUUAACCGGAUAUCUUGUGAGUAGGGUGGCCAUGGCAUGGGUACAAGCUAGUGUUUCAGCAUAUUAUGUCGCUUACUCAGAACACCAGAACCAGCAUCCGGAUGCUGGUCGCCCAUCUAACAUGAUGCUGGAACUACAGAGAUCACAAGUAUAGCGGUCAAGGGCAGUUUAGACAGCACAUCUCACAGAUUACAGAUACAAUCAGUAUGGUAAAGAAAUACUCUCAGAAAUAUAUAAUAUACUGCAUUACAAUUGUAGACAUGUGAUUAUUUCUAUUCAUUUUACGAUCAUUUGGAUAAGUAGAGAAACAAUUACUGAUAGAUUUGAGACAUUCACUGCGGAACUAGUUAUAAAAGCUUUUGAUAACAGAAAUUGAUGGAUUUGUUAGGAGCAUUUAUGAUAAAAGUUUUUGCAAGCAACGUAUUUCGUCUCUCUCAUUUCAAAUUUCUACUUAAUAAUCCUCAUGAAUUUUCAGCGGAAUUCUCAACGCACUUCAUUCAAUACUUCUUUCUCGCAAAUAAUAGAUAAAUAGAACAGUAAAAUCAAUUAAUAUUAAAAAGAAUUUACCAGGGCACUUCAUAAUAAAUUAUGUUUUCACUUGUCACAUAUUACAACAAUAUUUUAAAUAAUCUACAUGUCUUGAACAGUUUUAAUUGGAUAUGAUAUUCCUUGUUAGAAGUUCACAUCCAAGAAGACAAUUGAUAUAAUGAAAAGCAAACCUUGUAUGUCAGGCUACUCCAAUGUGACCACGACCUCCACAUUCAGAACACAUAGUAUUUCCAGUUCCACCACAACCUGCAUGGUUAAAAAGGAAAUAUCGACACUCCCCAACACAUGCUACUCCUUUAAGAAUUAUAUGUAUCAGUACAAUUUCAGACACAUGAGAAUACAACAACCAGCUAUGCAAUCUUCACAGUAAAUAUAGGGUCGGAUAUGUGAAUCAUUUUCCUUCACUGAUCCGAUGCACGACAAAAAAGAUGGAGAGAAACAAAUGGAUGAUAAAAAAAGAGUUACAAUAUAAACUGCAGCUCCUGGAAUUGUUCUUAAAAUUGAAUCCUUAACUGUCCUCGUAGUGUUGGUUUUUUCGCAUGAAGUAUCUUGUCCUAGAUAU